CAGCCCUGUAGUAUGACCGUAGGGGUGGCUUUACGUGCCCUUUUACAUCCAAAGUGUAUUUGUCUGCAUGUGUGUAUGUGCGCAGAUAACACGAUUUGCUGUGAGGGUUCUAUGGAGCCAAAGAUAGAUAUCAGGCAAGACGGCAGAGAUGAGAGGAAACGAAGCAGUCGGACUUCAUCCUUGCCGAGCUUGGGGGACAACAGAAAAAGCUGGGAAAAAAUAAGGCAUCCAUCACUCAAUAAACUGACCUCCUCCUCGAAACCUGUUCUUCCUGCUCGUCAUUUCACACAGCUUAGUAAAUCAGCACCAAUGCUGAUGCAACCUCUUCUUGAUGCAAGUGUGCUGCUACAAGCUCGGGCUAACAUUUCUAACAGGCUCAGAGGUGGUGAUACAGAGGAUGAAAGUGUUAGACAAAAGAGUUCACAACCUACUCCGUGCUCAAGAACGCCUAAACAUCUAACUCCACUGGACAAUAGAUGUAGGGAUGGCUCUGUGCUUUCAGGUCUUGUGCACCAACUGCAUUUAAAACCAACUGGCAUCUUACCCUUCUCCUCAGAGUCCAGACGAAAAGUGGAAAGGAUCUCCAGGCAGUCUGCCAGAAGAUCCAAAGGCACCAGAGCAGGCAGUCAGGAGAGCAAUUCCAGCAGCAGUAGUAGUCAAGAGGAGGAGGAAAAUGUUCCCCAAGGAACACCCAAGAUAUCUGGGUGCUUAGAGAAGUCAUUAAAUUUGGAAUUGGGGUCUCAUUUGGAUUUUCAGGAUUUAGUAAAUUCUGGAAAUAUCACAAAAGAGACAGACUGUGCCAUUUCAGAUGACAAGAAAGAUGAUACACCAUUCAGAUCUUUUGAGGUUGAGGCUAAAAUGAGACAAGAGUCUUCCAAAACAACUGAAAUCUCAGAAGAUCUUGAGACAAAGUCUCAAAAUAUUAACAUAAUCAGGACAAACUGCACUGCCUAUGAUGGACCCAGCAGUAUAGCCAAAGAAAUCCAUCCUAUAGUCAGAGACAGAGGAUCCGGGUUAAUUGAAGAUGAGAAGUGCCUCACCAAUGCGGAUAUUAGUGCAGUAGAUCAAAUUCCACUUGACAAGAACAAAACAGUUAAGAUGAUCAGACGAAAGGACAGAAAAGGCAAAACAUCUUUUCACACAAAUCAGUCAUUCAACAUUCUGGCACACAAGAAUCAGAGUACUGUUAAUACCACAAGAAAUAGGAUAAAUUCUCCUUGUCACUCAAAGGCAAAACUUAGAGAAAGCAAAACCAGAGGCUCAGUUAUUACAGUAGAGACCCCUAACAAAUCAUAUUUGCCAAGGAUGACACCUACACCGGCUUGUAAAAACACUACAAAUGACGCUCAACCCACAAAAAGGGUCUCUGAACCCUUUCAACACACAAAGUUGAGUGGUGAUGACAAGAAACUUAGUAAUAACAGUGAAAACCAACUUAACAGAGAUUUGAGAAGUGCAAGACCUUCCAAAAAGUCCUCAUUAGGUGCAGUACAGCGAGCAAGGUCUGCUGUGGACUACGUCACUUACAACGACAUGUUUCUGAAGCUCAGUCAGGGAGAUGAAGGUCCAGCAAUCUAUGAAAUGUUUGCAACUCCCAUUUAUGAAAAUCUUAGAGCAGGCAAGUCUUCUGAGAAACCCAAACAGGUACUUGCAGUGGUUGAAGUUAAACAAAUCAAUGGAAAGCAGAGAGGCAAAAAAACAGUGGAAGUUAACAGAAGGAAACAUGCUCAAUCAGAGAGAUACAAUCGAGCUAAGUGCAGGCAACUCAAGAGGAGAAUUAAUACCCCAAAAGGGACGAAAACCCAUCCAGCCUUUUCAGAGAAUAAACACCCUGUUUUUGAAAGUUCUGAUGAGACUUUCCAGCAGAUGAAAUCCAAAAUACCUGAUAUUAAGUGUGAGGGAAGGGAAACUUCAAUCUCAGUAAUUGAAAGACAAUGCAGUUCCAUACUGUCAGUGAUUGAAGAAGUACUAUCAAACACUCUGUCUAAUACAAACAUUCCCCAGCUAAUUAAUUCAACCACAAGGCCUCAUCUCAUUAAGGACAUAAAACAUCAAGAACCACAGACUCCAACAGACACAAGUGCCACGGAUGAACGAGAGUUAUCGAGUGUGAACAGAUUUACAGCACAGCCACUGAUCAAUACAUGGACAAGUGACAGAUCAGCAUCACCCGCAUUCCAAAGGAUUCUGAAUGAGGUUAGUGAUGGACCGCUUACAGAUGACUUGCUGCGGUCUUUGGCAGAAGAGUUGAUGUCACUGGAAGGAAGAGAUGCUGAAACAAUUAGGACUGAAAAGGAAGAUAGCAGCGAGUUCAGAAAUAACUUGCCCUCAGUAUUCCAGAAACUUUUAAAUGAGGGUGUUUCCUCUGGUGAACUGCAUUAUACGAAUGGAUUCUGCUCAGAUGAUGCUAUCAUAUGGACAAAAGGAGAGGUUCUGGGUAAAGGAGCUUUUGGAACAGUGUAUUGUGGGCUAACCAGUCAAGGUCAGCUGAUUGCAGUAAAACAGGUGGCAUUGGAUGCUUCAAGUUCAGAGAUGGCAGAAAAAGAGUAUGCUCGCCUGGAAAGAGAGGUGGAUCUUCUUAAGAACCUUCACCACACUAACAUUGUUGGGUUCUUGGGCACCGCUCUGUGUGAGAACAUUGUAAGCAUCUUCAUGGAGUAUGUUCCAGGUGGUUCUAUCUCCAGUAUCCUGAACCGAUUUGGACCCUUACCAGAGAAAGUGUUUGCCUUCUACACCCAACAGAUUCUGGAGGGGGUUGCCUAUCUUCAUGCCAAUAGAGUCAUCCAUAGGGAUCUGAAGGGAAACAACAUCAUGCUUAUGGCCACUGGGGUGGUCAAGCUAAUUGACUUUGGUUGCGCUCGCCGUCUUAACUGUCUGACUGGAAGCAAAAGUGACAUUUUGAAGUCUGUGCAUGGUACCCCAUACUGGAUGGCACCAGAGGUGAUAAGUGAGACCGGUCAUGGACGAAAAUCUGACAUUUGGAGCAUAGGGUGCACAGUGUUUGAAAUGGCCACAGGAAAGCCACCUCUAGCACACAUGACCAAGAUUGCAGCUCUGUUUUACAUUGGCGCUCGAAAGGGCUUGAUGCCUUCUCUGUCCGAUAAUUUUUCUACACAUGCUAAUGGCUUUGUCCAGGCUUGCUUAACCAGAGAUCCAACACAACGACCAUCAGCAGAGGAAUUGUUAAGACAUCCAUUCAUCCCUCAUCACAACCAAAUCAACAAAUGGCCAGUCAACUGAAAACUUACUAAUUGACCAAAUAAAACAGAAACAAAGAUAGAACGGAGCAAUUUAACCAAAUUAUUUAAACCUUGGAUGUUUUUAAAACAAUGACAAAGCAAAUUGACAAAUUAUAACCCUAAUCCAUCAUAAUUUAACCUGGAGGAAUGUAUUUUUUAAUUUACCAAAAAUGUUGACAAGCAGAAAAUCUAAUUUCAUACAUGUGCCAUUAUGUAAAAACAAUAAAUGUUUACAUACAUACACACAAAGACUGAGGUUAAGGUAGUGGAAACCAUUUAAUUUAUUAUUAAAUCUAAAUAAAAUGGGGGAUAAGAAAAACAUAGUUGCCAGGAUUUGCACUUGUCUUACCUAACUGCACUACAGGGACCCAAAGUAAAAUGGUUUGUACAACGCUGGCCUCAUUUACCAAUAGCGUCACACUAAAAAUGCAAUCGAAAGAUCAAAACUAUUCAUCUGCAUUCAGAAAUAAUGAUACAAAGAGGGCCGGUGAAAGCCCAGAUCUCUUUUUGUCAACACUGUAAUAAUGAACUCAAUCUCCUUUUACCCACCCCCAUGUUUCUGGUUUUGUUAUUAAUUAGGGAGUUGCACAAAUAGCCUACUGCUUAAAGCCAAGGAAUAUAUUAAAUGCACUUCACAGCGAAGGUUAUGUAAACUUCAUAGAACUAUACUUUUACUUUUUGAGGCACAGCCUUUGGCAUCCAGCUUACGGUCAUCUAUAUGGUCAAAAAAGGUACAUUGCAUGGCCUCUGACAACAUGCCAGGUAUUUGGCAGGGUGUGGAUUGCCUACAAGUUCCUGGAAGCAGUACAGAACACUGGAGGACUGCAGCUAGAAAGGCCAAUGUUAGAUUUUAUCACAAGGCCCUCCCCACUAUAGAGAGAGAGAGAGAGAGAGAGAGAGAGAGAGAGAGAGAGAGAGAGAGAGAGAGAGAGA